AUGUGCGUCAUUGUCUGCUACGCCUGCCAGACCUGCAAGCAGGAAACAGGCCAACGCGACUUUGUGCGCCACACCGACGGCCAGCGCUUCGCCAUCCCCGACCCCGCGAUGCAAGUCGUCUCCUUCUGCAGCGCGGUCGAGACUCUGAAGGUCAUCAUCCAACAGCCCGCACUACAGUCGCUCGACUUCCCCUGCGCCAACCCCGACUGCUUGGGUGGCAAUGCCAAGUUCAACAAGGAUGAGUUCGAGGACGAGGAGGCGCGCAUUGUUGGUCUUUUGGGUGCUACUGCUGAGAUCGCUGCGGAGGAUGGCCGCCCUCACAACGAUGUCAACCAGAUGCUCGAGGAUUUGGGCGUCCCGCUGUCGGAGAUGGUCGAUGUCCCUGAUGCCAAGCUAGUCAAGUGGACGGGCCUUGCGACGGACAAGCUGAAAGAGAUGGCUGAGAAUGGAGAUGAUAUCAAGGCCGUCCAGAAGGCCCUGGCCAACAUCACUGGCAUGAGCUACCCCAUGGGUGCCAUCUACAGCAAGGUGUUGGAGCUUGGAUUCAGUCGAAAGUGCUUGCCAAAGACUAAGAAGGCCUGA